AGCUGACGUGUCACUUGCGCAUACCGUGUGUUGUCGAGCCAGUGAACCAUUUAACAUAGUGUACACUACAAGUGGCGACGAGGACAAAGAUCGCCCCAAACAACUCGUCACUAUGUCAUACGCAACAAACAACGCGCUGUCAUUGGAGAAAUUGGAUUUAGAGGGAGACGGUGUUUCCUUAGGCCAGCGCUGGGAGAAGUGGAAGCGGUCUUUAAAUAUCUACCUGGAAGCAACAGAAAUUACAUCUCCGAUAAAGAAGAGGGCAACUCUUUUAUUACUUGGAGGUUCAGGUCUACAGGAGAUAUUCUAUAAUUUGCCUGGUGCGAAUGCUGAAGCUAACGAGAAUAAUGAUGUGUUUGGAAUAGCGAUAAGCAAAUUAGAUGAGUAUUUUACUCCAAAACAGAGUAAAGUGUAUGAACGACAUGUGUUCCGUUUAAUAAAACAAGAAGGGGAAAAAUUUGAUAAGUUUUUAAUAAGAUUAAGAAAUCAAGCCGAGAAAUGUAAAUUUGACAAUCCAGAAGAUCAUUUGAUAGAUCAAAUCGUAGAGAAGUGUUUAUCAGUUGAUUUACGUAAGAAAACUUUGACAAUAGGUGACAGCAUAACACUAGAUAAAAUAAUUACAGAAGCUAAUACAUUAGAGGUUGUAAAUCGACAAAUGGAGGAAUACGGGAAACAGGAUAAACAAUCGGAUGUAAACUCUAUAGCUUUUAAAAGAAAUGAAACUAAAAAUGAAAAGAAAAACACAAUCUUCGUAAAUAGGAAUAAAGGAUGCAGUAGAUGUGGGAAUUCCAAACAUUUUGCGAACGACACAAAAUGUCCGGCGAAAGGAAAACAAUGUCACAGUUGCGGAAAAUUAGGACAUUUUAGACAAUAUUGCAAGAGUGGUAGAGAAAGAACUAGGAAAAGGAAAAUAGAAGAGAUAAAUAGGCAAGAAGAAGAGCGAUCGAGUAAGCAGCCUCGAAGAAGGAAGGAGGUUGAUAAUAUAAUUGAUAAAGAAGUUGAUUAUGUCUUCAACGUUAAUAAUGAAGCGAACAUAGAAUGUGUCAUUGGAGGGAUAAGAACGAAUAUGUUAAUUGACUCCGGAUCUAAAUAUAACCUUAUUACGGACAAGACGUGGAAUACAUUAAAAAACAAGGGGUUUUUAUAUUUCAAUCAAGAUGAGAAGCCAAACAAAACACUUUUUGCAUACGGUAGCAGAACACCACUAGAAAUCGUAGCAUCCUUCGAGACUACUAUUAAGAUUAAUGGAAAAGAACAACGCGCAAACAUUUGUGUUAUUGCGGGAGGAUCAAGAAAUUUACUAGGCAAAGAUAGUGCUGUUCACCUUGGUGUACUGAAACUUGGAACCAUCGUAGAUCAGAUUGCAAAUGAACCAUUUCCGAAAUUUAAAGAUGUUAUGGUAGAGAUACCUAUUGAUAACUCUAUAAAGCCUAUUUCUCAACCAUACCGCCGGGUUCCAAUACCACUUGAAGAAAAAAUAGAGAAAAAAUUAAAGAAUUACUGGACAACGAUAUUAUAGAGGAAGUUCGAGAACCAUCAAAGUGGAUAUCUCCAAUAGUACCCAUAUUGAAGGACAACGGAGAACUGCGUCUCUGUGUAGACAUGCGACGUGCUAAUGCAGCAAUAAUGCGGGAGAACCACCCAUUACCAUCCAUGGAUCAUAUUUUGCCAAAGAUAAGGAAAGCUCAGUAUUUUAGCAAGUUGGACAUAAAGAACGCAUUUCAUCAAGUGGAAUUGCAUCCAAACUCAAGGCACAUUACGACAUUCAUUAGUUCGAAGGGUCUUUAUCGUUAUAAACGUUUAAUGUUUGGCAUUACUUGUGCACCUGAGUUGUUCCAGAAAAUACUGGAAAAUAUACUUCUUAAAUGUGAUGGAGCUGUAAGCUUUAUUGACGACAUUUUGAUAUUCGGUCGUACUGAACAAGAACAUGAUUCACGUUUAGAAAAAGUAUUACAGGUUCUAAAACAAAAUGGCGUUUUGCUGAACAAAGGUAAAUGUUUCUACAAAGUACAAAAAGUAAACUUUUUGGGACAUGAGUUAAGCCCUGAGGGAGUUAGACCCUUAACUAAGUAUAUUGAAAGCGUAGCCAAAUUCAGAAUUCCAAAAACGAUUGAGGAAUUACAAAGUUUUUUAGGGUUAGUAAAUUAUAUAAACAAAUGGAUACCUAACCUAGCUACACUGACAGAACCAUUAAAGUAUUUAUUGCGAUUUAAAUUUGGAAAACAUACAAAUAUUGAAAAGUUUUGGAAAAAUGAACAAGAUCAAGCUUUUGUGCAAUUGAAAGACAAACUUACGAAAAUUCAAACACUUGGGUACUACGACGUUAAUGAUAAAAUUCAAGUGAUUACUGAUGCUAGUCCUUUCGGAUUAGGAGCAGUCUUGGUACAAAUAGAUUCUAGUGGACCUAGAAUAAUUGCUUAUGGAAAUCGCAUAUUAACUGAUUGUGAACGCAGGUACAGUCAAACCGAGAAAGAGACUCUAGCGUUAGUUUGGGUUAUAGAACAUUUUAAUGUUUUUCUUUUCGGAAAAGAAUUUGAUUUGAUUACCGAUCACAAAUCUUUGGAGGUGUUGUUUGGAAUAAAAUCGAAACCGUGUGCCAGGAUCGAACGAUGGGUGUUACGGUUGCAAGCAUACCGAUAUAAUAUAAAAUAUAAGCCUGGGAAAACAAAUAUAGCUAAUUCAUUGUCUCGAUUGUGUAAAUACUCAGAUUUCCAAAAAAUUAAUAGCGAUAAACAUAUACACCAUAUUGUUGAGAAUGCGAGACCUCGUGCAGUAUCCAUGGCAGAAAUUGAAGCACACUCUGAAGGUGAUCCUGAAAUAGCUAAAGUAAGAGAAGGCAUUUACAGUAACAAAUGGGACGAGACUAUCAGAGGUUAUAAAAUUUUUGCGAAUGAAUUAUGCUUCUUUGGAAAUGUGCUUCUAAGAGGGACUAGACUAGUGAUACCUUUAAAACUUCGUAAGAUCGUUCUAGAUGCGGCACACGAAGGACACCCAGGGAUAGUAGGAAUGAAAGAACGUUUAAGGUGUAAAGUAUGGUGGCCAAAGAUCGAUAAAGAUGCCGAAAAUAUCGUGAAGUGCUGCAAAGGAUGUACUUUGGUUGGAUUGCCGCAUGCACCUCCUCCAAUGAAGCGUCGUGAACUUCCGAUGGCUCCCUGGGUAGAUAUAGCAAUAGAUCUGCUAGGUCCAUUGCCUAGUAAUGACUACUUAUUAGUCGUUGUUGACUUUUACAGCCGUUACAAAGAAAUAAAAAUAGCAAAAACUAUUACUAGUGCUAAAAUUAUAAAAUUAUUAAAAUAAAUAUUUAGUCGAUUAGGUUACCCUUCAUCAAUAACGGCAGACAAUGGUCGACAAUUUGUAAGUGAUGAAAUUAAGAGAUUCUGCAAAGAGUGCAACAUAAUAUUGUUUAAUACGAUUCCUUACAACCCGCAACAGAAUGGCGAAGUUGAGAGACAGAAUCGCGACAUAUUGAAACGUUUGAAAAUUGGUAAAAUUGAGAAAAAGGAUUUACAAGAAAGUUUGUGGGAAUACCUCAUGAUGUAUAAUUCUACCCCUCACUCAGUUACAGGGAAAACACCAACCGAAUUAUUUUUUAAAAGACAGAAUAAAGAUAAAAUUCCAACUCUACAAGACUUUAAUAAUAAAGAAAAUGACACUGAGGUUAAGGACAGGGAUAAAG